GAGAUUUUGUUGCUAUUUUCGGCGCGCAGCAUGACGACGCCGCAUGUGGACGCGGCGCCGGGCCAUGGCCAUGGCGGCGACGCCAAGAAGACCAAAAUCACGCUGACAUUGGACGUUGCAAUUGACGACAAGCUGCUCGUGACACCCAGCUUUCGCUACAAGUUUAUCGACGGCAGCAAAAAGGCGACACCGCCGGUGGGGACGUGGGCGCCGGCCAUCACGCCGCAUGCGGUGGCAAGCACGGCGACCGAUGCGAGCGCCAAGCUAGUCGUCGUCGACCGGCGCAGCAGCCGCGCGCUUCCCGUCGAAAGCGGGAGUGAGCCACCGCCAGAAGUAAAGCUACUCCGCUACGAGCACCAUGUGCCCGACAUGGAAAUCACCGAAGCAAUGGCCGUCAAGCUGCACGAGAACCCGGUGGUGACGUUCUUCUUGUGCGACCACUCGCCCACGCAGGCGACCGCCGUCAGUGGCGUUGGCCGCAAUUUUCUCUCGUUCUUUGAAGUCGACUUGAGCCCGCUUCUUGGUGGCGACACGGCCGUCGAGUGCGCGUGGGGCGAGCUGCCGAAGGAGAGCGCGUCCAGCGCCUUGUCGCCGUGUGUGCCGUUUGUUUCCGCGCCGGGACUGCGGUCGUUCAUCGUUCGCAUCAAAACGGACGUCGGGCUCCUUCCGGCGAAGCGCGCGCAGGCACUCAACCCCCUCACCCUCCACGUGCGCAAGGCGACGCACCUCCCGGGCAUCACCGUGAGCGCCAAACCUUUGUACCAGUACAUCACGCCGACGCCCUAUACAUCGCUCACAAAGUGCUGCGCUCCUGCGUACGCGUCCAUGCGCUUCCUCAACCAACGGCUCGUUCGGACACCCGGGCUUCUUCAGGGAAAAUCGGUCGCGUGGCAGUUCAAGACGACCUUUCUUUGUGGCCACUUUGAGUGGCUCGCUCUCCAGGAGAACUUUGCAUCGGGGCACGUACUCGUCGAGGUGCACGAUCGAGACGUGCGCCUCGAGAAGGCGUACGAGUCGCUUGUUCACAAGUGGGAGGGUCUUCUCGCUGGCAAGCAAGUCGGCGACGAGCACGCGCGUCCGCUCGACAUCUUUGUCGUCGACGAUAUCGCCAAGGCGGACAUUCAAACGCUCUUCUUCCAGCAGGCGGGCGAUCGCAACUCGCACGGUGUCGCGACGUUUCGCUUCUACGAGCUGCUCAACGCCACGCAUUUGCGGCCCAGCAGCGAAGGACCGUUUCUGCAGCUCAAAUUUGCCGCCGACAUUGUGCAGCACAAGCGACGUCAGCCGCCAAAAGAAGGCACGGACGACGCCGAAGAUGACUUGUCUCAGGUGGAGAAACUGGUGCGGGUGCCGGGCGCGUACCUGAGCCACAAUUCGACGCUUCACCUUGAUGCGACCUUGGCCUUCCCGCUGCUCAAGCCGACGCGGCGUCCGUCAUUAGUGGCGCCGGCGUCGGACAAUCGCAGCCUCUUCAGCCGCCUCGUGCUCGUGGUGCCGUACGACGACACGGAGUCUGUCCAGGCAGUGUCUCGGGCAAUGGAAAAGGUCAAUGGCGCGGCGCUACCCGGCGCACCCCUUCGGUCCUAUCAGCUCACACCGACGCAGAAGCAAGCGGCCGAUGCCGGCGAGCUCAACAUACUCACGGGGUUUCAAGUGCUGGACACGGACCUGCGCAUGAUCGUGCUGGAAGGGCUUGCGGAAGCGGGCAUGGCGGUUGCCCACGCCAGCAUCCCCCGCAGAGGUCCCAACGCCCAAGACGGGUACCGCAUGUUUGCCAACCACGACGUGCGCUUCUCCCAGCGCCUCUACGCUGCGUUCGACGUUGACCUCAAGCGCAUCAAGCUGCGAGACCCGCUGCCCGAUAUCAUCAAGCGACCCGAGCUGUACAUGCGCUCCAAAGUGUCGGAAAACUGCUUCCAGGCGCUCAAUCGCCUUCAGGACGUUCGCAAGGCGAGCCGCCUCGUCGAGCUACGGGACUUGGAUCUCUUUCCCCUUGUGUCGAUGCUGCUCGAGGUCGAGAGCAAGUACGGCGAAAGCAUUACGCUUGAAGACAUUCACGGUAUCGACAAUGGCCACGUCGCAUUGCCCCGGCGCAUGACGCUGGAGAGUAUCGACCAAGACGUGAUGAAGGCUACAAAGACUUCUCUAUCGGCGACCAAGCACCACUCCCCCCGCAGCUCCGUGCGCCUCAAGGCCGCCACGGAUGCGAGCAACCCCAAUUACGAGCAAGCCAAGCGCGAGUGGCAGCCCAAAGAUUACGUCGACGAACGCCGGCGCGAAAAUGCGUUGGCGGACGAAGCGUUCGCGGCCGCCAAGGCCAACGAACCGCCGCGCGACGACGCGCCCGUGUACAUUUACAGUGGACAAAAGCUUCGGAGCAAAGACUUGGAGAAGGAUGCGAUGCGCGCCCGGCUCGCCAAGGACAGGCAUGCGACGUUCACGGACAGCGAAGAGUUCAACUCGCUCACGUGGAGUCUUGUCGACGAAAACAAGCUGGCGCAGAUCGCCGAGAGUGCGAGCAAAGCGCUGUACACAACACCAUCCGGGUUUGUGUACCCGCCGCCGCGCCAGCCGAGUGAGUUUUACAAGCACCCAAAGGCGCCGAGCGCCGCGCGCUGCGAAGAGCUCUCGGCGCCGUGGAUCGAGAAUUUGUACCACCCGCAGCCUGUCGAGCGCGACACCGUCGAUGUCGGCGCGAAAGCGGCCUUCGACAGUCUUCCCUCCAAAGAUAUGAUCUUUGGCGGGACGAACGCAGACGGAACACCGAACGUCGAGUACUUCAAGUCGGUGCACCUCGUCGGCGACGGGCUUGCCAAGGAGAUGGAAGAGGCCAAGGCCAAGGAGCACCAGGAAUGGCUCGACAAGCUCGUCGUCGACCACGACAAUCUGCGUUUCAUUGCGCAUGGCGAUAUCAUGGGCCAAGGCCGCGUCAAGCCGUCACCCUUGGACAAACCGCGCGAUAUCCUCGACGGCCCACCGCUCUCCAAGCCCAUUCGCAUCGUCCGCAACGCCAAGCUCCCGAGCGGCAAAGCUGUGCGUCUCACGGCCGCGCCCGUUUCGAUCCUCUGCGGCGAUGCGUACACGGGUGGCGCCAAGGCACAGCUUCUGCGGACGUUUGACCCAACGGGGUUUGUCGCGCAGGACGACGACGGUCGCCCCAAAGACUUUAUGUUCCCGUCCGUCACCGAGAUCCUCGUACCACGCGUGAACCGCCAUACGACCGUGCUCAAGCCGCGACGAGAGCUCACGUCAGCCGAGCGCACGGGUCUUCUCUGGAAGAACAUGGUCGGUACCAACCAAGAGCCAUCGUCGUAAUCAUCGCUUCAACGUGCGUCUCAGCUUGCCACGUUUGGCCACUCUUGGCUGAAUACACCCAACAUGGAGGAUUUUGCACUAGGUC